CCCGUGGACCUGCUGAACUCCGGGACUUGGGCUAAAGUUCUCCAAAGUUCUGUCACUCAGAAGUUAAAGUCGCCUGCGGGACUCGGUGUCUGCGGGACAGAAGAGACACGCAGAGGAGGAAGAAGAGCGCAAACAUGAAGCUGUGCCGCACUUUUCUGGAAAAUGAGUUUCGGGGUGAGCUGGUGAACCAGCGGUGGACACGAGGCGAGAGGAGUAGCAGCCGCUGUCAGGCCUCCCAGAGACUGCAGAGCCGCAAACCAAUCAUGAUGAGUGUGGAGGGUGACGACAAGCGAACUCGCACUCGGUCAAAGGGAAUCAGAGUUCCUAUUGAGCUCAUAGGACAAGAGCUGAGCUGCCCCACCCCCGGAUGCAAUGGCUCCGGCCAUAUCAGUGGGAGAUACUCACGACACAGAAGCCUUUUGGCUUGCCCCAUAGCCAGAAAGCGCCGUCUAGAGGAGGCUGAACAGGAGCAGGAGCAGGAAACAGGGAAGCCCUCCUCCAAGAGGAAGUCCCACCCCCUGAAACUGGCCCUGGACGAGGGCUUCAGCGCAGAGAGCGACACCAGCAGCGAGGCAGAGGACGAAGCUGCCAAGGAUGGAGAGAAGGGAGACAAGGAGGGAGAGAAGGAUGCAGGCAGGGAGGAGAUGGCGCCCGAGCAUCCAGAGCAGGACGGCAAGGGACUGAUGAACGGACAGGAGGAGGAGGAGGAGAUGUCAGCGGGUGAUGAAGAGCAGGAGUGCCUGAUCGUUGAGCCGGAGCUACGAGGCGCGCCACCUGCAGCCGAGGUGAGCCCUCCGCCUUCACAGAGCGCCGAAGAGGUGGCCGACUCUCUGCUCCACCUGGGCCAGGUCUCUAACAGCCACACUCAUGGCGUGGCUUCGCAGCAGAUUGAAGAUGUCAGCGCAGCAGCUGAGGGGGGAGAAGAAGAAAAGGAUGAACAGGAGGAGGCCAUGCAUGAGGGCGAGGAGGAAGAGGAGGAGGCACAAAGAACUCUGGAGGAGUCAUCUGCUCUGCAGAAUGACGGGAGGACGGUGGAGGAAGAGGAGGGCGAGCAUGUUAACAUGAGCAACCAUGUGAGCCACAGCCAGCAGAUCAAAGGGGAAGAGGAGGAGGAGGAGGAGGAGAUGGUGGUAUCAGUGCAGCAGACGCAGGAAACUCCAGCAGAAGAUGAGGGGGAUGAUGAGAAAGAUGAAGAGGAGCACAGCUCUUUCCUCUCCAUAUCUGAUGUGCCAACUGGCGUCCAGACCAUCACCAGCACAGCAGCAGCUCAGGGAACACACAUCAAGACGGAAAACCAUAGACUUCUGGAGGACUACGGCAGCAACAGAUACGACUCACUUCCAGACUUCAAAAGCAGCCCUCCUUUAAGCUCCCACACCGCCAGCCCGCUCCACGACUACUUCUCCAUUCCCAGGGGGGACAACUUUAAGAUCCACAAAGCCCCAGCCUCCCCCGACGUCAUCGAAGUGCGGUCCGACAAGUCAGAGGAGAAGGACUUUGACGACUUGGACGGAGAUGACGAGCGAGAUGAUGAUGACAGCCUGUCGCAGCGCUCAACGGUGACCGACGAGUCGGAGAUGUUCGACAUGACCAGAGGGAACCUGGGCCUCCUGGAGCAGGCCAUCGCCCUGAAGGCCGAGCAGGUGAAGCCAGCCGGGCCCAGGGAGCUGCUCCGCGCUCCGGACCUCCAUCACCAGAGGUACUUCACCAUCGAGGACAGACCCAAGCACCUGGACAUCAUCCGCAAGACGUACUUCAGCAAAGAGAGGCCAGAGAAGAGGGAGAACAAGUGUCCCACGCCGGGGUGUGAUGGAACCGGUCAUGUGACUGGUCUUUACCCCCACCAUCGCAGCCUGUCAGGCUGUCCGCACAAGGACAGGAUCCCCCCAGAGAUUCUGGCCAUGCAUGAAAAUGUGCUGAAGUGUCCAACUCCUGGCUGCACUGGUCAGGGCCACGUAAACAGCAACCGCAACACACACCGCAGUCUCUCUGGAUGCCCCAUCGCUGCUGCUGAGAAGCUUUCAAAGACCCAUGAUAAGCAGCAUUUCUCUCAGCUGGGCGGCGAGCAUCUCAAAGGAAGCCCCAAUGACAGAGUGCUGAGGCCAAUGUGCUUUGUGAAGCAGCUGGAGGUGCCCCAGUAUGGCAACUACAGGCCCAACAUGGCCCCCUCUACACCGCGCGCCAACCUGGCCAAGGAGCUGGAGAAGUACUCCAAGGUCUCCUUCGAUUAUGCAAGCUUUGAUGCCCAAGUGUUUGGGAAGCGCACGCUUGCUCCAAAGAUGACCACCAGCGAAACGUCACCAAAAGCCUUCAAAACCAAGCCCUCCUUCCCCGAGUCGUCCUCUCCCACCCUGAGCCUCCACGCCUACGGGAAGAGCUCCUCCCUCCCCUACGACUACUCCCAUGACGCCGAAGCCGCUCACAUGGCUGCCACCGCCAUCCUUAACCUGUCCACCCGCUGCUGGGAGAAACCUGAGAAUCUCAGCAUCAAGCCUCAAAGCAAGGAAAUGGACAUCGAGGUGGAUGAGAACGGCACGUUGGACCUGAGCAUGAAGAAGCCCAUCAAACGGGAGGGCAGCGUGUCUGGCACCAGCCCCGGGGUGCGCUCCCCAGACCCAUCUUCAUCCUCCUCCUCCUCCUCCUUCCACCACGGGGGAAACAGUGGAAUGACGUCCCCAAACCUUCAAACGUACAAACAGGAAGAGUGGGAGGGGCCGCUGGAUUUCACCAAACCCAACCGCCAGAGGGAGGAGGAAGCAGACGAGAUGGAGCACACGGGCCACUCAUACGUCUCCUCUGACCAGGAGGACUGCGACGGGCUGCAGGACUGUCUGGAGGACAGGAAGUACCCGGGAAAGAGUUCCCCAAUUUUCCGGGUUUUUAAAAAGGCAAUUUUCCGGGGCCCAAAGCUUCGCUUCCCUCCUCGGCUCUUUCUCCUUGUUUCUCUCAGUCUGUCUGGGUGUCCUCUCGCUGAUAAGAGCCUUCGCUCCCUCAUGGCGGCCCACACCCCUGAACUCAAAUGCCCGACCCCAGGAUGUGACGGCUCCGGUCACAUCACAGGAAACUACGCCUCUCAUCGAAGUCUCUCUGGGUGCCCGCGUGCCAAGAAAAGUGGAAUUAAAACUCCUACCAAGGACAACCAGGAGGACUCGGAGCUUUUAAAAUGCCCCGUGCCAGGCUGCGACAGCCUGGGACACAUCAGCGGAAAGUACGCCACGCACCGCAGCGCCUACGGCUGCCCGCUGGCAGCCCGCAGACAGAAGGAGGGGCUCCUGAACGGGAUGCCCUUCAACUGGAAGGCGUUUAAGGCUGAGGGGCCCACCUGCCCCACCCCCGGGUGUGACGGCUCGGGUCACGCCAAUGGAAGCUUCCUCACGCACCGCAGCCUCUCAGGAUGCCCCAGAGUGUUGUACGCUAAGAAGAAGGCCAAGUUCCCCUCAGACGACUAUCUGAGCACCAAGUUCAGAGCCACAGACGUUCUGGACAACGAUGAGGAGAUCAAGCAGCUAAACAGGGAGAUAAACGACCUGAACGAAUCCAACAACGAAAUGGAGGCCGACAUGGUCAACCUGCAGACUCAGAUCUCUUCCAUGGAAAAAAACCUAAAGAGCAUCGAGCACGAAAACAAGAUGAUCGAAGAGCAGAAUGAGGCUCUCUUCAUGGAGCUGUCCGGUCUGAGUCGGGCCCUGAUCCGCAGCCUGGCUAACAUCCACCUGCCCCACAUGCAGGAGCCAAUCACGGAGCAGAACUUUGACAACUACAUCAGCACCCUGACUGACAUGUACACCAACAAGGAGUGCUUCCAGAGCCCCGAGAACAAGGCCUUGCUGGAGAGCAUCAACAAGGCCGUAAAGGGCAUCAAAGUCUAAGGCUCCACAUGCGGCGCAGUUAGGAAUCGGAAUCGGCUCCUGAAGCUGGAGAGGCUGGAAGCAUGAGGAGCUGAGAGAACAGAGGAAUGCUCAACGAUAUCAUUCAAAAACAAAAAAAAAGGGAAUUCAGGUUACUCCAAAAAUGGCAAAUUUCAAAUAUCAACCCAGGGAGCGCUCUGCUGAAGGAAGGCGACCAAAAUCCACACCAUGCUGCUGCCGGGGUUCACAAGUCUUCAGUCAGAGUGGAUGAAAGGAGGAUUCGACGUGGCGUCUGAUCACCUGCUGAAUCCGCCGACCGGCUUCCGCGCUUCCGUUCAUCGGAACGAGGCGCGGAGGCUGGAUCCGCUCCCGACAAGGACGAGCUGGACGAGCGGGCUUUCAGCGCCGCCCUGUAGCAUCGGCUGGACGUCCAGCAGCUGUCUGAUCCACACACGCCUCCCCGCUCCCACCGGACGGCGUGCGUUCGCUCUGCGGACCUCAGAACGGCCCAGCCCUCUUUGUUUAGUAGUGUGCACACAUUUCAGAUUUCUAGGUCAUAUCAAUAGUAUUUAUUGCACUUCAUUUCAAUGAAUAGUUUUGUGGUACAAUAAUUAUUGUUAUAUAUGAAUUAUUUAAACUUGUGAACUUUUAAAUUGUAACUUAUUGCCUUUUAUGUUAUUGAAGUUUAUUUAUUUUAAACAAUCUAUUUAUUAUUAUUACCUUUGUUUUGUAAAACAAGCAAACAAAAAAUGCAACUUUACUGAGAAGCGGUCUGCAGAUGUCUUAAGAACCUCUAACGAUAGACGAGGCGUAUUUUUGGUUUUUAGCAACCUUUUUACGUGCAGAUGUUUUAUAACAAAUUCUUUUGAUAAUUUUACAAGAAAAGUUUUUUUUUUUUGGUCUGUUUUUUCUUGUUUUCCUCUGUUUUGUUUUUGCUUUUUCUGUUAUUGGUGCAAACCCCACAGGUAAGAGGAAGAAUGACAAAUAAUGUAUUUAUUAUUUAUUUAAUGAGAAACGACUGAUGUGUAUUUAUUUGGUUCUUAUUUAUGUGUUUGAUGUGACGGUUGAACCUGAGUAGAAAAAAAAAGAAAAUCCACCACUAAUAUUUAAAUAAAAGACAUCACUGUUACUGUUUGAUUGCUUAGGCGUGAAGUUAGAGGAACCAGCAGCUGAUUGUAAACCCAACAGAAGCACUCACUUCUCUGUCACUGUCACAUCCUCUUUGUGCAUUUUUUCGCUUUUCGUCAGGGGAAGAACAAAAAACCAUUAAAAGAGAGAAAAAUAAAAGAUUGUGUACCUCUCCCAGGCUCUUUGUAGCAGCCAACAUUGGCUCACCCAGAACCUCUACGAUGCACCGAGGCUGCAUGUCCUCUGACCGCCCUAAAACGUUCCACAAAGCGCGCUUUUCCAGCAACGUUUUAGCCUGGAUGCAUGAGUCUAAAACAACCAGCGAGGAUACAAUAAGGUCCUUUCUAUCUGACUAACUUCUAACAUACACACCCUUGUAGCCUUACUCUAGAUUUUAAUUUUUUGAUGCACAAAGUGCCACUGAUUAAAAGAAAAAAAAAAAGUCGAAGAAAAAGAGCAGAAAGGAGAGCUUACCUUUUUUCCUGAUUCUUUGCAUCUCUGCAAUGUAAGAAUGUCUGGUCCCGAGACGACCGCGGCAUCGAGAGCGUGCAAAUUGUUUCAAAUGCCUUUAUUUCUCUGCCAAGAUGGCCAUAAGUUCACUCUAUACAUUCUGUACAAAUAGAUUUUAAAGAUGCUAUAUAUAUGAAUAGAAGCAUACAUAUAUUUUUCCAGUGUAAUUGUUGACUUCUUCUUCUUCUCUUGUAUUAUCAGAAGCUGUUCAGGCGAGGCGCGCGGCUGCGUCGUCGUGAGGCGGCGGUUGCUCCUUCUUUAAUAUCUCUUAGACCUGCUCAACUGUGGCUUUAAACAUUCAGUCAAGCUGAAGCUGGAACAGUACUUUGGAUCGCGUCCGUUUCCAUCUCCCUCCGUUGCUUUGGUUUCUUUCUGCCCGUCUGUCUUCGGCCUCCAUCGUCCUUCGCACACGACGACGAUCCGUUAGAAAGGGAACGCGUUUCCGUUCACACAUCUACGGGACGGGGUUUUCAUAAAGAGCUCAACAUCAGAGAAAACGUUGGUGGCGUUUCCUCCCCCCCGCCACCAGUGGGCGGUCUGGUCCGGGUGAUGAUACGUGUUUACAUGACAUCAGAGAGCAAGAUGGCUCCCAAACCUUUUAUUCUGGAACCUGUUUGCAGAGAGGAUGUGAUCGGUGUCGAACACAAACCGUAGAAAUCCAGAAGAAAUUUUCCGUUUGAACCAAAAAUGCAGCGUGUGCACAGAGCCUGGACCGGGACAGCUCACUGGGCGCCGCAGCUCACUGGGCGCCGCGUCGUUUAUCUGUACAGCUCAGAAUGAUGCACUGCACCACGUGUUCAGUCUAUUAACCUUCUUGUUGUGUGUUGUUCACGCUGAAGGCUGAGAGCGCCUUCAUGGUGGAACGGAUCAGUAGAUGUUAGCGUGAGCUGCCUUUGGGUGAAUCCGUCCCCGUGUGUCGCUCUGACGUCCGCAGCUUGUUAAAGAUGUAGUCAGCAUAGAUUGUGCACUUUCCCAGAAACUGUUGUAGAUGCCAGCAUUUGAGGAGGACAGGUCUGGGGCUGUAUGGAUAGCAGCGUCCCGCCUGCGUGUUCAUGUUUAUUCUUACGCUCUGAGAGUUUCAGGAAAUCAAAGGGUUUUUAAAUUCUUUUCCAAACUGGGGAACCAGACCAGAUUGAUGGUAAAUAGAGUUUGGUUCUCAGGUGACCUGAGGCGGAGCGGAGCAUAGCCACGGGUUGAGCAGUCAGCUGAGGCCAGCGGCGCUAGCAGCGGCUGGAUCAAGGCCUCCUGUGAAAUGAGAGGAGUGCGUGGGAGAGGAAAAUUGAUUUGCCGCGGUGCACAGCCGCCCCUCUGUAGUCAGAGGAGGCGUUUGUUGCAUAAAUAUGUGGACGUCACUCAAAAGGAUGUCAAAGCUUUUUUUGACUUUUUAGCCCUCUUCCCAAACCUCGGUCACCCUACCAACCCCCCCUUCUUCUUCUCGUCUAGUGCAGUCUUUCCUCAGGAAAGAUGGUUUGGAUGCAUUUGGUUAACAAAAUAGUGCAUUCUUCCUCUUGAAAUGCACAAGAAUAUCACCCAAGAGUGUUAAGAAUGUGAAUUUUCUCCUAACCUAUUUGAUAUGGCGUGACCCCUUUUAAACUGCUUGAUGAAAUUGUCUUCUGAGGUAUGUAAAUGAGAAACACUGAGGCAAUGAAAGCAGAGCGUUUGAAGGGAAAGGAAAGAAAAAGUCGGCUAAGAAAGCGAACUCAGCCCACGGUCGGUUCUGCACCCACGCACUCUACGUCCCCAUUUACAUAAAAGUACCGAGCGAUGGAUUCACUUCUAAUCUGAUGAUCGGAAGCGGAACAGUUAACUGGACGGGGCUCAGCCCGACCAAAACAGACCCCCCCCACCCCCAGCAACAGAACCCGAGACUCAAUUUCAUUUCAUGUGAAAAACGCUUUUCAGGGAAUUCAGUCCUCACCAAAAGCUAAAUGAGUGUAAAAAGGGGCGAUUUAAAGAAAUACAAAAAAAAACUGAGUGGCACUUUUUCAUCAGGCUUUCCAAAAUAAACCAAAACCAAAAGAAACGCGUCUUUUCCCGCCUCCCUGCCGUAGUUCUCAGAUAUGUGUGGUCUUAUCAUGUGUGCCUUUCUCCCUCCACUCAUGUCAACAUCUAGUCUGUUUACACCCUGUUCACAUACUGCUGAAAACUCGGUCCUGAUCCAGAUGUCUGACUUUCAGGGGGAGGAACAAGCGUCUCCUUCCGUCCACUUUGGACGGAGAAGAAAAAAAACUCAAAGCUUUUGUCCGUAUGAAGAAACUGUGAUUCAUUCUGUCGAUUCAGGUACCAAAACCGUACGGACGGUUUCUGUGAAGGAUCUGAAGGUCGGCAGCCAUCUUUAGAUAACUCAUCAGAGUGCAGGGCAUUAUUUCCACUAAAGGGGGACGUCUCUGUACAUAUUUGUAUUCAGAAGAACCAGUGUUAUUGUUGUUGUAUUGAAAAUGGUUCAAAAAUGAAAUAAUAGUUUGUGAGCAGAGAAAAAAAAAAAUCACAGCCAAGAUUUGUCCUGCUAGCACGUUUAUACAGAGAUGAGCUAUUUUUACUGGUGAUUUUCUAGACCCUGAAAUCCUUUAAAAAAAAUAGAACAAAACUUCCAGAAGUUAAAGCACUUCCAUUCCUAUAGAAUGUGUGAUUUCCUUUUCUAGAUGUGGUUGUUCCUUUGCUACAGCACCGUUUUAUAAAGCAGGACAGGCCUUGGCUGUCUUCUUAGGAUUUCAUGGCUUUUUGGUUUGUUUGUUCUUUGCCUUUUUUUUGGGGGGGGGGGGGGGGUAAUAACACUGUAGAUGGGUCAUGUCUGUGGAUGUGUGUUUGUGUAAUUGUAAACAUGUUCCCUGUUUCUGUGUCAGUGUUAAAACAGAGAAGUGAUGUCUGUUAUUGUGAGGGUUUGAACCAUUUUAAAUGUUCUCUAUAAAAAUCCAAAUAAAGACUCAUAGACCAGA